AUUUGAUUAAAAUAUGGUAAAGCUAACCAAAACAGUCAAAAGACAGCUCAACUUCAUAAUAGAAGCUGUUGUUUUGGAGUACCAAGAAGAAAAGAACAGGAAGAAUGACAAAGAACUAGAUAGCUGUCUGUUCGAAGAUGAGACUAACAUCCCUUCUGUGAAACUAAUUCCUGUCAAGACAAAUGAUGACUUGUCCUUAUUUACCUUUAAAAGUAAGGAUUUUAGGGAAGAACCUUGUUUAUUUGGCACAACCAGUUCAGAUAUUCCUCUUAUUGACCUCAUGCGGCGGAUGAAGGCAUCAGAGAAGCAUGAUAUUGUGAUUAGGAAAGUGAUGAUGCUCUUUGCUAAAGAGCACCCAGGUGCUUCUUCCAAGGUCAUCAGGACCCAAUCUAACUUGGCAAUCCUCAAUUACGCACGUAGAUGGUUAGAAGCCCAGAAGUUGGAGACUACUGACGUAUAGUCUUUGCUUGGAUAAGUCACAAAAAAUCUGACUAAAUUCAACAAAAAUGCAUC